AUGGCACGCCCCAAAACUCGGGAGCGGCCCGCACCCGCACAGCAAGGCUCGGGCGCUGAUUUGAGCAAUGUUACCAUUCAGCCACCCAAGGAAACCUUGGUGGUGACCAAUCAGGACCACUGCAUCGGUGUCGUGGAGAACGACUCCAAAACCGUGACGUACAUGUGUGCCAGUGACGCCGGUGAAGCCCGCGAAUGGAUGCGUGCCAUUCAAACGGUGGCGCGCAAGGACCGCGCACGGAUCAGCGAGCUACUCAGUGGUGCCUCCGCGGCCGCUCAGGCCCCCAGUCGGGAUGGUGGUCACAACAACACCAGUCGCCGGAGCCAACUUGCCGCUGAAGAAGAAGACUGGCCGACCCCGCUGGCGCCGGACGCCCCCACAUCCCACGCCUCACGCUCUGCCAACAUGCCACGAGCCGCCGCCUCCCAUCGACCUGGCCCCCGUCUCAGCAGCAGUUCAGGCGACGUGAUGCAUGGGGCCUCCCAAGUCGACGUCACCGUGGUGCGCAAGGACUUGAUGCGCGACUUUGUCGCCAUCCGCCGCCGCCGCGUGGCCACCGGACGCAGCACCACCGAUUCCCUCGCCCUUUCCCAGACAUCAAACACCUCCUCCGGUGUUUCCGAGGUGGAGCAAAACCGCCUACGAACUCGACUGGCUAAACUGGCCUUUACCUCACGCCAGGGGUACAAAAGCGAAGAAGCGUUUGAACAAGACAUGGUGCCCUGGCGCGAGUCCGACUCGUGCGUUCACUGCAACACACCGUUUGGCAGCAAGUACACCAGUUGGAUGUCUGGUAGCGGUCGUCAUCACUGCCGCCUCUGCGGACGCUGCGUUUGCUUGAAGGAAACCUGUGCCAAUCGCCUUUUCUACGACGAAAUGGUGACGGCUGCCAAAUUGGAAAAGCGCCCACCCGCAUUUAAGCCCAAGCAAAACGUCCUGGUCUGCGUAUCUUGCGAAAAUGCCAUCCUCAAGUCGGGCCGGGUCUUGGACAGCAGUGCAUCCCUGCAGGUCCAAGGCGUCAGUGACUUGCAGCGCAUCUACCAAGAUGUUGUGCGCCGCAAAACCCAAGUGGCGCGACAUUUGGACGAGAUGAAGGUGGCCACCGAUAAAAUCAUGAAUGGCUACACUUCAGGAUACCAGUUGCAGUCUGUGCGUGAGGGCGCUAGUGCCGUCACUGCCCUUUGUCAAGAAAUUCGGCGAAUGGGCGAUCGUAUUGCGCGCCUGCAAGUCAAAGAUACCUCGGCGCAGCGACUGCGGUUUCAGAAAAGCGUGGCCUUUGGAGUAGCAGAGUGGACCAAAGAGCAAUCACAAAUCGCGGCCAACCUCCUGACCCAGGCCGAGCAGCCAGAGAGCGCUGGUGGCGUAAGCAGCAAAGACCGUCGUUGA